AUGAAGAAACCAACGAAUCCCCAAUGGAACGACCUGGAUCCCUUCAUCUUGUCCAAAAUAUUUUCCCAUCUCAGCCUCGAAAACCAGCUUCGCGGCCCUCCAUUCGUGUGUCAUUCUUGGCUCUCCGCUUCACUACACACUGUUUUCAACCACCCCAAUCUUGAUCUUCGCUCAUUACAAAGCCUCGACGAUGAUGAUGAUGUUGCAAGAUACACUCAGCUUCUUAAAAUAGCCAUCAAGCACUGCAAGAAUUGGGUCUCUAUUAAUCUGCCGUGUAAAAAACUGCCCGAUUUUUAUACCCUUAUGUUUGUAGCGGAGAACACGCCGAAUAUUUCGAGUGUGGCCGUGCCGUGUGAGGCUUCGGUGGAUGUUUAUCCGAUUUUUAUGGCGGUGAUGUACUGGAAGAAUCUGAGAAUUUUUGAUUCUCCGUUUCGGGGGAUUCAGAUGAUCAGGCAGCUGGUGGAUUAUUGCGGCGGCAUCGUGGAGCUUGGUUUACACGGGGAGUUUUCUGAGAGGGAGGUUUCGUGUAUAAUUGAAGGCUUUCCGGGGCUUAAAGUGUUGGAUUUAUCGAAGUCAACGCUUUCGGUCAAUGCUCUGGGUGUUCUGUUGGAUGGGAGAUUGAGAUGCAUUAAGGACUUGAGUUUGUUGCAUUGCUUGUUCGUUGAUGAGGAUGGGAAAGAUGUGAGGGAGGAUUAUGUCAAGUUUAAAGCGUUUAGGCUCGAGGUUUUGGACAAAAUUAGAGGGAUUCGGAGUUUGAAGAGGUUCUUGCAUUGCUUGGGGAAAUCUUGCCAGCAAUGUGCUGAUAGAUCUUUGGAGGACAAGUAG